GAAGUGCAGGCAAAACCUCUUUGUGAGACGAUUAAUUAUAUCAAUGGAGUGUUAUCAUCGUCUAAAAUGGUGAACGGCAUAAUUUGGAACAAAAUGAAGAACAUUUUCGUACCAAUUUCUAGUAUACCCGCAUAUGCCAUGGUGCAACAAGAACGUUUCAAACAAAAUCGAGCACUGGAAAAUCACAAUUUUCAAUUGCAGAAUUUGACCUUAACAUCUUUCCAAGAACCAAGUUUCUUUGAAUUCUACGACAACGAUAAGAAAGUUAAAGGACUUUGUGGUGAAUUAUGGACUCUUCUUUCCGAAUCGUUAAACUUUACAUUACAACCAGUAAGAACAAAUGUACAUAACAUGGGUAUAUUAGAGAAAAACAAUACUUAUGCACAAGGAUUAUUAGGCAUACUUUUUCGUAACGAAACUAUUGCUAUACCAAAAAUCGAAGCAUAUACUACACGACUUCUGGCAGCUGAUUUUACAAUGCCUUUAUGGAUGAAUAGCUAUCGAACAUACAUUUACCAUAAAGAUACGCAUGACAGCACAUGGAUGGCAAAGGUGUUCUCUUGGAAAGUAUGGUGCAUGAUACUAUUUAUGUAUAUAAUGCUAACUGUCUGUAGUUUUUGGUCACAAAUUAUUCUCGCACGGAUUGAGAAUAGAUGCAAAAACACGAACUUUGGCGAACAUUUAUUUUAUAACUUUGGAAUGCUCUGCGGUCAAAAUCAUAUUCCUGAAGACCUUGAUGGAAGAUCAAAAAUAGUAGAAGUAUCAUUAACUCUCUUUCGUUCUAUAAUAUCUAUGGCAUUUAAUGCUAUAUUAUUUAUUUUUAUGACAAAAGAAAUUAUUAUAUCGCCAUUCAAUGAUCUUCAAUCUUUGAUUACUCGUACUGAAUACAGCGUUGUUAGUUUGGAAGGUUCUAUUGCAGAUAUUGCAUUUAAAGUAAUAAUAAAUACAUAUUUUGUAAAAAUAAGAGAGGCGAAACGCGUCAUCAUUGCAUCAACACUUGAAGAAAUGUUUGAUAUGGUGUGUUCCUCAAUAAAUUCAAAAUAUGUUGCAUUUCAAGCUGAAGAUGAAUACAAAGCAAGAAACAUUGUGUGCGACUUAACUCCAAUUGGACAAUCCUAUUUAGAUAUGUGGAUAGUUUCCGGCAUCGUAAAGAAUUUUAAGUACAAAAGAACUAUCGAUCUUGGAAUACUCAAAUUAAUGGAAGUUGGACUCUGGGAUAUGCUAAAACAUCGUUGGAUGGAAAGAAAAUAUAAGGAUAAUAAUAAUGUUAAGACAACGAAAAUGAUUCAAUUCGAUCAAGUUGCUUUAAUAAUUAUAAUGAUGUGCUGUGGAAUAAUAAUAGCUUUUAUUAUUCUCAUAAUUGAAAAAAUUGUGUAUGCUUAUAAACUCAAGCAAUCAUGA